UAACAAAUUGAUUAUAUUUAGAUGGAGAAGAAGGGGAAAGAAUUAAGGAGAACAUUUAACCUAGCGUGUGUGCUACUGUUAAAAUUCUGUUGUAUAAAACGGCUAUUUUAAUUUUUUUUUAUUUGUUUAUUUAUAUUUCUUUUUUUUUAUAUUUCUUAAACUAUCGUGUAGAUCUUAUGAAAUCCUUGUCAAUCAUCGCCAGUCUUGCACUUCUUAUUAGUAGCGUUGUCGCUCAAGAAGGUGCCACAGUGCCUGUCACCACUUCAGCUCCAUCAACUUAUACCUGUGAUCCCAACACUUGUAAAAUUGAAAACAAUUGUCUUUGUGCAUCUACUUCCGCUCCUGGUGGACUCUCUCCUGCCGAUACACCCCAGUUCGUUACAGUCACUUAUGAUGAUUCCAUCCAAGAAGCUUUAAUGGCAACAGCUCUUGGUAUGGUCAAUGUAACUAAUCCAAAUGGCUGUCCUGGUCACGGUACCUGGUUUGUCUCGAUGCAAUAUACAGACUUCUCAUUGGUCCAACAGUGGUAUGCCGCUGGUAACGAAGUCGCAGAUCAUACAUUUUCUCAUGUCGGUACCCCUUCUGCUGAAGAAAUCUCUAGUGUUAAAGAAAUGUUGAAUGCUUAUGCUGGUAUUCCUUACAGCAAGAUCCAAGGUUUCCGUGCCCCUUUCUUAAACUAUACCAAGGAUACUUUAGGUCUUGUUAGUCAACAAGGUUUCAAAUACGAUUCUACCGCAAGUGCUGUCACGGAUGACAUGUACUGGCCUUAUACUUUGGACAAUGGUUUGGCUAAUGAUUGUUGGACCGGUAUUUGUGCUGCUGGACAAGUGAAGUUACCUGGACUUUGGGAAAUUCCUAUGUAUUCUGUACUUGAUAAGGCCAACGUGCCUCAAUUGAUGGAUGUCUAUUUAGCCGGCACACCCGCAGAUACCACACAAUGGAGUCAAGCGGCGUUUGAUAAACACUACAAUGGAAACCGUCAACCAUUCGGAAUUUAUGUUCAUCCUACACAUUUAACUACCUAUCCCGGUGGAGUAGAUGACCCCAAAGAAAAGUUCAACGCAGUGAUUGAUUUCAUUAAGUCAUUGGCUGCUAAGCCAGACGUUUGGUUUGUGACCAACCAACAAUUGCUUGAAUAUAUGAAGAAACCUGUCAAGGCUUCUGAACUUGGAUCACAAACUUACAUGCAAUGUCAACAACCUGUCAUUGCUCAAGACAUUUGUAACGGUCUCGAUGAUGACCAUAAUGGUGUCAUUGAUAAUGGAUUAAUCAACAGUUGUAACUUUGGUACCACCAGUAUGAAAACCUGUUUCAAUUGUCCUGCUACUGCGCCUUCUUUAUCUAAUCCUGUUCCUGCAUCUGCUGCUCAAAAUGGUACCGCUGGAUACCGUAACCGUAUUGGAGACAAUUGCGAUACCACCUGGUGGGACCCCAUUGGAAAUAAGUGUCUCUGUACCACUGCUGAUUGUGAAGUAAAGAGUGUAGCAGUUCCUAAAUCAGAAACCCCAUCUACCACAAACUCUACUUCAGUUACCCCAGGCGAUGCAGUCAAAGAUAAUGGUGCGGCUCAAAUUGCCGGUGUAUCUACCGCUGUCAUGGCUGCGCUCUUUGUUGGACUCAGCCAACUUUUAUAACCUUUUUUUUUUUACUCUCUCCCUUUUUAUUUAAAAAACAAUAAUUUAUACUAGAUUAUAAUUAUAAUAUGUACGCAGCUUUUUUUUUCUCUCCAUUUUCCGAAAUAAUACCACCUUCUUCCCCAUCAAAUAAAAUAUAUCUAUUAUUUUCUG